AUUCAGCUAAUUACAGUGCAGCAGGUCUCGCGACAUUUCAUUGACUGCUGCAGCACCUGCCACACUGGGUUUAAGUGGCCAAUUAAUUAAGGGUUAAAUAGCAGGCGACAGUACUGCUUCACAAUAGUUAGGCAGCAGAAAACAAUGGGUGUGGGACGGAAGGACCAUCCCUCAGUCUGCUUGGUUGCAGCUGUUUUUCUAAUGUGUUGUAUGGUGCCGCUUGCGGACUGCCGUCGACUGAGGAAAGCCCAGAGGCCAGUGGUGAAGAGAGAGGAUGUCCAUUCUCCCACAGCUGUUGUCCAAGAAGGAAAAAUUGUGCUUGGGAAAGUUUUCGAGAGCUCGGAUGUCGACAAAAAGUCGUCAUUUAAUGAAUCGUUGGAUGACGAAUCUGAUUAUCAGGCAGACUUCGCAGGCUGGUCCCAGGAGAUGGAUGUGGACGAAGCCUCCAAGGAGUUAUGGGAGCACUUGGGGGCAUAUCUGCAUUGUUUUGAUGACCACAUGAAGUUCAGGUCACUUGGAACAGAGGCUUCACAACUUUCAGUGGUGCAAGCAAAUGAACCCCCAAUACCUCUGUCCAUGGUUCCUCCAAGAUGUGGCUACAGGAUAUAUGGAACUUCAAUAACAUUCAUUCUGAUUGUUCCAUUUAAAGGUUGCAACAUUAUUCAGCAGGGUGGAAAUCACAUACUCCCUCUACUCUGGCAAGGCCAUCCACUGUCCCUGCUGUGUCCCGAACCUGUGGGGCCCGUGGUUCCUCCUGUGGGGCCUGUGGGGCCCGUGGUUCCUCCUGUGGGGCCCGUGGUUCCUCCUGUGGGGCCUGUGGUUCCUCCUGUGGGGCCCGUGGGGCCCGUGGUUCCUCCCCUGGGGCCCUUGGGGCCCGUGGUUCCUCCGGUGGGGCCCUUUGACUUCUAUUAUCUUCAAGCAGCAGAUGAUCUUUUUCAAGGUUUCCCCUUCUACCCAUUCCCUUAUCCACCUCCAACAGCUCCUCCUCCCACUGAAGAGCCGAAAAUCCUUUAUCCCCAGAUUCCUUUUAAUCCAGAGCUCCUUUGGCCAUACUGGCCUCAACUUCCAGAAUUUCCUCCCAUCUUUCCUUGUCCUCAAGGGAAAUGUCCAGUGCCUGGACAAACGGCUCCCUGCAUAAUACAAGAUCCUGCCACUACCCAGACUCCUCAUGAUACUUCUGCAAAGUGGUAUCCUAUCGUCUGCCUACCUCUUCUUCCAGAUGAGCAACAUUUUCAGGACAUGUUUUAUCAAGGUUAGCUUUGAAAAGUUGAAAUAAAUGUUUAAAAUAAAAGGGACUCAUGUCUUUGGUUGCAGAUUGUA